UUGAUCAUGGCGAGGCAGGGCGCGCAGCUGAAGAAGAUGCUCCGGAGGUGCUCGUCGAGCCUGGCGAGGAGGGACGAGGCUGGGCCGCCGGAGGACGUGCCCAGAGGCCACUUCGCGGUGUACGUCGGCGCGGGCAGGAGCCGUUACAUCGUGCCAGUGGCCUGCCUGGACGCGCCCGAGUUCCAGGAGCUGCUCAGGAAGGCUGAGGAGGAGUUCGGGUUCGGCCACGACAUGGGCAUCACCCUGCCCUGCGACGAGGCCACCUUCCACGCCGUCCUCGCCGCCGCGGCCAUCAGAUAG